GCUUAGAGGAUCAAUCCUCCAGCCACGGCAAAGCUAUGAAGCCUUCAGAAGUGUCCAUGGUGGCCUUUUUCCUGCUUGUGGUCUUUGGAACAACUGCAGCCAAAGUUGAAGAAGAAAACCCAGAGUUCUGGAGAUCACAGGCAAAGAAGACUUUGCAAACUGCUUUGAACAGGAAGCAGAACACCAAUGUGGCCAAAAACAUCCUAUUUUUCCUUGGAGAUGGUAUGGGAAUCACAACCUACACAGCAGCUCGUAUCCUCAAGGGACAACUGCAGAACAAAACGGGAGAGGAGACUGUGAUGACCAUGGACACGUUCCCCCAUGUUGGAUUGGCUAAGACCUACAGCGUGGACUUCCAGAUUGCAGAUAGUGCUGCGACAGCCACUGCUUAUCUGUGUGGGGUCAAGACCAACCUGAACACCAUUGGCGUCAGUGCAGCUGCUCGAAAUGCCGUUUGUAAGAGUCAGAAGGGUAAUGAAGUCACAUCAAUCUUGAAGUGGGCCAAAGAUGCAGGCAAGUCUGUCGGCAUAGUGACGACCACACGGGUCCAGCACGCUACGCCAGCCACCAGCUACGCCCAUAGUGCCAGCAGGAAGUGGUACAGCGACGCCGACAUGCCCGCCAGUGCCAAAAGGGACGGCUGCACUGACAUUGCAUCUCAGUUGCUCAAUAACACAGAUAUUGAUGUGAUCAUUGGUGGUGGGAGAAAGUACAUGACCCCCAGGGGUACUCAGGACCCAGAAUACCCAAGAGACUUCUUUUCCAGGGGUAAAAGACAAGACAAACGCAACCUCAUCCAUGAAUGGAAGAACCAGAAAAUGGGCAAGGUAGCCCAUUAUGUAUGGAAUAAAACUGAUUUUGAUGCUGUCGACCCAGAAACCACGGAUUACCUCAUGGCUCUGUUUGAACCUGGUGACCUACGAUAUGAAGCUGACAGGGACCCCAACAUGGACCCAUCCAUCGUCGAGACCACGGAAAAAGCCAUCCGCAUUCUCAGGAAAAACCCCAAAGGCUUUUUCCUUUUAGUGGAAGGUGGUCGCAUUGACCAGGCCCAUCACGAUGGCCGAGCAUACAUGGCACUUCACGAGACGGUCGCGUUUGACUACGCCAUUGCCAAAGGCCUGGAACUCACCGACGAGGAAGAAACGCUCACUAUAGUAAUGGCUGACCAUUCCCACCCGUUUACCUUCAAUGGAUACCCAUUUCGAGGGCAAAGUAUUCUGGGAAAGUCUCAAUUGUGGGCCCAAGAUAUGUUGCCGUACACCACAUUGAUGUAUGGAAAUGGACCUGGACACAAAAUCAUCAAUGGUACACGGCCUGACAUCCGCAAUGUCAACACAAAAACUAAAGAAUACGUUCAGUUUUCAGCAGUGCCUACAGACUCAGCCACUCACAGCGGAGAAGAUGUGGCCGUGCUGGCCCGUGGACCCAUGGCCCAUCUUUUCCAUGGCGUCCAGGAGCAAAAUUACAUUGCCCACGCCAUGGCCUAUGCUGCGUGCGUGGGGGCAGACCUGAGGCACUGUCGGGGGCAAACGACUCCAGCUGUUGUUCAAACCACCUUCAUCAAUGAUUCUAACAGUGCUAGAGGAACCCAAAGCUCAGUUGCAUUGAUCAGUGGUCUCCUCAGCGCUGCACUGCUGGCCCUUAAUGUGCUGAUGUAAUGAAGGUGUCUCUCCAAGGGGAAUAUUUAAAGACAAGAGUCAUGGAGGUGGAGUGGGCAGAGAAAUAAUGAACACUUGUGAUGUUUCUGGCACUCACCGUGAUAUACUA